AUGGGCCAUGGGACUCCUGAUAAUAUGAACUGGGCUGGACUCCUGCAGAAUCUGCUCUUUGUGGUUCACAUCAAGCAGAUCAUAUGUGGCUCUGUCCAGUUUUCUGUUCCAGAAGAAUUGGAGCCUGGUACUCUGAUCGGAUCACUUAGUAAACACUUUCCACCUCCAUACCAGCUCCUGACCCAAGAGUAUCUGUGGAUGGACAAAAACACUGGGAAUUUGUACACCAGUGAGCAAAAGAUGGAUCGCGAGGUCCUCUGCCCCGAGGAGACAAAAGCAGAGGAAUGCAUUAUUCUGCACAAUGCUGUCGUGGGGGCCUCAGGAGACCUUAUACAGUUUCCUGUGAUCAUAGAGGACAUCAAUGACAAUGCACCGCAUUUUGAAAAUAGUGAAAUCCACCUGAGGGUGUCUGAGGAUGUGACUGUGGGGACCAGCUUUUUACUGGAUGACCAGGCUCAGGACAGGGAUAUUGGUCAUAACGGAGAGCUGCAGUACCACCUAAAAGACUCCGAUGGGGUUUUCGGUUUAAAAGUCGGAGAAGACAGGCCUUUGAUCAUGCUGAUUGUACAAACAGCUCUGGACAGGGAGACACGGGAGCUGUAUCAGAUGCAGCUGGUGGCCGCUGAUCGUGGCGCAGAACCUUUAAGUGCAACGGCGACUUUAAUGGUCAGAGUGACAGAUGUUAAUGACAACUGUCCGAGCUUUAGUUCUGACAGCCCCCGCAAUGUCACCAUCCCGGGAGACUCCCCGAAGAACAUGAUGGUCGCUCAGGUCAAAGCCAUAGACCCAGAUACAGGCCCGAACGCUGCCAUCAUUUACUCCCUCAGUCCCAAAGUCUCUGAGCGGGCCAAGAAGCUCUUUAGUGUCGACAGCCUCGCUGGGUACAUCAGACUAACACAAGACCUCCAGAGUGACAACUCCGAGGAGCUGGUGUUGAAAGUGUUUGCUAGCGGCCAUCACUGCCCCCCAGCAGACACUCAGGUAACUGUAUCUGUGCUCCCCAAGGCGAAGCAGGAGCUGACGAUCAAGAUCGGGUUCAUAGCGGAGCAUCAAAACCAGACUAUGGUGUUACCAGAGAACCAGCCCCCUGCCGUCUUAGCUGUUUUAGAGCUUGAGGGUGACAGCAGCUUUAAAGGCUCGUCUCUUGCCAUUGAGGGUGAAGUGCCUUUCACUUUGAGCCCACAGAAUGGCAAAUAUCUGCUUUCCACAUCAAAGCCCUUAGACUAUGAGAUGAAAAGUGAACAUCAUAUCUCUGUGGUAGUGCAUGGGAGAUCAGCUGAAGGAGCUGCGAUCGCUCCUUCGAGGCAUGUGAUCAGGGUGUUGGUGUCAGAUGUCAAUGAUAAUGCACCACAUUUCCUCCAGUCUCACUAUCAGCUAGAAGUGGAGGAAAACAACCAGCCAGGAAUGUCAUUGCUGCAGGUCUCGGCUUCAGACGCAGACAGCGGAUUCAACGGCAGAGUGACUUACAGGCUGGACAAAUACACAUCGACGAUCUUUAACAUCGACUCUGUGACAGGUCAACUGUCUGUGUCAGCUCCACUGGAUAGGGAACAGCAGGGUGUGCACAAACUCACUGUGUUUGCACGAGACAGUGGUUCUCCUCCCUUGGAGUCCAUGGCCACAGUAUUCAUUCGUGUUCUGGACCAGAAUGACAAUGCACCUGUUUUUCUAACUCCUCACUUCAUCUUUUUUAUCCCUGAAAACGUGCCGCCAUUUGCCCAGGUGGGGAGGAUGGAGGUGAAAGACCCCGACGAAGGUGAGAAUGGGAACACAGAGUUGCAUGUUGUAAACAGCAGUGGACCUUUUUUUGUGGACAACACCCAGGGGACACUACGCACCACCACUAACUUGGACCGCGAGACAAAGGAUUGCUAUGAACUGUACCUGUUGGCCAGCGAUCAUGGACACCUGGUCACUUUGACUUCCACUGCCAGAGUUACCAUCUUUGUGGAGGACAUCAAUGACAACCAGCCAAAAGUGAUCCUACCCAGCAGCAACUCCUCAUGCCUGACUGUCUCUCCGGGUACCAUGGCAGGUACUAUGGUAACAAAGAUCUAUGCCAUCGACGAGGACUCAGGGCUGAAUUCGGAGAUUACAUACUCUGUUGUGGCGCCGGAGUCUGUGCAAAACAGCAGUCCCUUCCUGGUUGAUUCAAGGUCAGGGAACAUCACUUUAAGUCAUCAGCUUCUACAUAAAGACCUAGGAAUGCAUCACCUGUUCAUUGUAGUCAGAGAUGGGGGGAAACCAGCUCCCCUUUACACCACUGUGUGGGUUAAUCUGUUAGUCAAUGACAGCAUGGAGCCCUGCCACUUGGACAGAGCGCCCACCUGGACAGGGACACCUGACUUGGUUCAAACCCCUUCAAAGGCCCCCAUCUGUGAGGUGGAAACUAACAAAUCUGCACAAGUGACACUGUUAAUAGGCCUGGGUAUGAUGCUGGCAUCCAUAUGUUUGCUUGUGGUGACAGCUGUUUUUUACCUGAAACAGAGGAGAAGAAGUCCACAACAGCACAAGAGGGGGUACACUGAGGAGAAUGAGAUUCCACUCAGGCUCAAAGACAAAUACUACUCUGAUGAAUAA